AUGGAGGACACAUCUAGACCCGGAUCCAGGGACCACGAGCGCGACCGUGACCGUGAGCGUCGGCGCCGUCACAGCCCACCAUCAGGUGACGAUAGACGACGCGCUCGCUCGCGAAGUCCGGCGCGUAAGCGCCAGAGGACGACGACACGUUCCCUCUCCCGUGACGGACGUGAUGACGCCGACGAAGAGCACCACCACCACGGUCGCGGACACCACUCGUCGUCGUCUCGCCGGCACAAGCACCAUCGCCACCACCACCACCGUGAGCAUCGCGACCACAGCAGCGCCGGCGCCAACGCUGCUGUCUCGCUCCCGUUUGACGCCAGGCAUCUGAACAAGUCGGACCUGGAAACAUUUCGUCCGCUGUUCGCCUACUUCCUGAGCCUGCAGAAGCAGAUCGAGCUCAGGGAUCUGGACGAGAGGGAGGAGAGGGGCAGGUGGAAGAGUUUUGUGGGGAAGUGGAAUCGGGGUGAGCUGGCGGAGGGGUGGUACGAUCCCGAGAUGUUUGCCAGGGUGACGGAAGAGGAGGAGGGGGAGGAGGAGAUGGGGGGGGGAGGAGGCCCGGGCGAGCAGCCGGAGGGGUCGAGGAGUCCAUCCAUGUCUGUUGAGGAGGAGGAUGUGCACCGUCAUCGCGACGGGGGUGACCGCGAGGAGGCAGAUGAGGAGGACGACUCAGACUACGGCCCUCCACCGCCACCGGGGAUAAGGACGACCGGAGGCAGGAGCAGCCGUCGGGGACCUAGGAUCCCCUCUAUGCAGGACAUCGCCGUGCGUGACGAGAUGCUGCAGGACGACAGGGAGGAGUCGACGCGUCUGCUCCGCGAGGCGCGCAGGGCCGACCGGGCCGUCCAGAAGGAGCGUCUAGAUGACCUCGUUCCCAGGGCGGACCCGGGCUCCCGCGAGCGCAAGCUCGAGAAGCGUCGCGCCGUCAACGACAAGAUGCGCGAGUUCCGAGACAAGAGCCCCGGCGCCGCCGCCGCCGUGGACGACAAGGACCUCAUGGAUCCGGAGGGAGGAGAUGGAGAGGGCUAG